UGUCUCUCCCUUGAGCUCUCCAGCCGGCCAGACUAGACAGUGCGCGCUGCGCAGCGCAGGUCCCCCACGUGGGUGCUCAUCAAUUAGAGAACUCCAACCCGAGCCCUGCCAAGAUCAAAGCCAAGAUAGUGCGUUGUUUUGGCUAUUGCCAGCCAUUCAAGUCUUCGUUCUGUGUCUUCUAAUCCGCUUUUAGCGGGACAGCGUGGUUGUGUCUACGCUAGUUGAUCCAGGGAAGGACAACCCGUCAUGAAGUGCCCACAGCUGUCUCCGACCCUCGUAUGUCUCCUACUCUUGAUUCCCCUCUGCUAUACUGCUUCUGGGACCACUCUCAAGAACGUGAAUACUGUCAGCGACUACAAAGCUUGAAGAAGGUCCUCAAGACGAGAACAAACGUGCUGGUACUGUUUGCAAACGGAGAGAAAAACGCAGAGAGCAUUCUGCCACUCUUUGACAAAGUUGCUCACGAAGUUCGCGGACAGGGGACUCUGUUGUUUGUCGACUGUAAGACCAAGGACGGGAAGAAGCUGUGUCGCAAUCUCAAAGUCUCUCCGGCAAUGUAUGAACUGAAGCACUACAAAGACGGAGUCUUCCACAAGGACUACGACCGUCUACUCCAAGAGAAAUCGAUGGUCAGCUUCAUGCAGAACCCCGCGGCCGAACCUCCGUGGUCUGAAGACCCCACCUCGGAGGACGUGAGGCACAUUGAGGGGCCGAGCGACUUUGAGAAGCUACUCCGGAAAGAGAAGAAGCCCGUUCUGACAAUGUUCUACGCUCCUUGGUGCGGACACUGCAAGAGACUAAAACCAGAGUUUGCCGAGGCCGCGACUGAGCUAAAACGAGAGGCUGUUCUAGCGGGUAUGGACGUGGACACACCGGAUGCUUACGGUGUUCGCCAAGCUCUGAACAUUACCGGCUUCCCGACCCUCAUCUAUUUCCAGAACGGUGCAAAGAUUCACGAUUACGCCGGGGGAAGGGACAAGGCGGGGAUAAUCGAGUGGAUGCGCAAUCCUCGCCCGGCAGACGAGAUGCCACCCCCGCCCGACGCCGAGCCGGCCUGGAGCGAGACGGAGAGCGACGUCGUCCACCUCACGACCGACACUUUCGAUCAGUUUAUCGCAGACAAUCCCUCUGUCCUGGUGAUGUUCUACGCCCCGUGGUGUGGCCACUGUAAGGCAAUGAAACCAGAAUACGCUGAAGCCGCGGCCACUCUCAAAGGAGACGCCGUAUCGGGUGUGUUAGCAGCCAUCGAUGCGACAGCAGAAACUGCACUGGGAGAGAGAUACGGAGUGAAGGGCUACCCGUCCAUCAAGUACUUUGGAGGUGGGCAGUUGAGGUAUGACUAUGGGUACGGACGAACCAAGGACGACCUUGUUGAAUUUAUGAUGGAGCCCAAGGCCCCGCCCCCUCCCGAGAAAGAUUGGACUGAGAUUGAGAGUGAGAUAGCCCACCUGACUGAGGAAGACUUCAAGCCGUUCCUCAAAAAGAAGAAGCAUGCUCUUGUCAUGUUCUAUGCCCCGUGGUGUGGCCACUGCAAGGCCGCCAAACCAGAGUACACGAGUGCCGCAGAGCAGUUUGCAGACGACAAGAAAGUGUCGUUUGCUGCCGUCGACUGCACGUUGUACCAAUCCCUGUGUACCCUGCACCAAGUCACGGGAUUUCCAACCUUCAAGUACUUCAACUUUGGGAAGAAGGAUUUCCGCUACAAUGGAGGCCGGACUGAGCCCGAUUUUGUGGAGUUCAUGUCCAAUCCGACCUCUGCUCGCGACGAACUUUAGAACACCUCUUGUCAAAUUUUCCCUCAGUGUAGGUUAUAAUGACUGCAAAUACGCUAUACCAAUCAUACGGAAAUCAUAAUAAUAUUGAUUUAUGUUCUUACUUGUGUUAUGUUCUUACUUGUGCCUAAAAGAUGUUCUGAGAAUUGUCAUAAUAAUUAUGCGCAAAGCACCACGCCACCAUUGAAAAACGCCAUUUAUACUGUGCCUGUAUUGUCAUUUU